AUGCGUCAAGCUCAGUCUGCUUCCCUCCUCGCGGCCCUUCUGUCGGCCACCCAGGUCGCUGCCCACGGUCACGUCACCAACCUCGUCGUCGACGGUGUCUACUACGAGGGUUUCGACAUCAACGUCUUCCCCUACGAGUCCGACCCCCCGAAGGUCGCCGCCUGGACGACCCCCAACACCGGCAACGGCUUCAUCUCGCCCGAUGAGUACCGCAACCCUAAUAUCAUCUGCCACGAGAACGCCACCAACGCCCAGGCCCACGUUGUCGUCGGUGCUGGUGAGAAGAUCAACAUCCAGUGGACUGCCUGGCCCGACUCCCACCACGGGCCCGUCCUGGACUACCUGGCUCGCUGCGACGGCAGCUGCGAGACCGUCGAAAAGACCGACCUGGAGUUCUUCAAGAUCGACGGUGUCGGUCUCAUCAGCGACACCGAAGUCCCCGGCACCUGGGGUACCGACCAGCUGAUCAACAACAAUAACAGCUGGAUGGUCGAGAUCCCUCCCUCCAUCGCCGCUGGCAACUACGUCCUCCGUCACGAGCUCAUCGCUCUCCACGGCGCUGAGGAGGAGGACGGCGCCCAGAACUACCCCCAGUGUUUCAACCUCCAGGUCACCGGUACCGGUACUGCCACUCCCUCCGGUGUCAAGGGUACCGAACUCUACACUGCCACUGAGAAUGGCAUCCUCGUCAACAUCUACUCCUCCCUGAGCACUUACACCGUGCCCGGCCCUACUGCCUACAGCGGCGCCGUCUCCAUCACCCAGACUACCUCCGCCAUCACCUCCACUGGCACUGCCGUCGUUGGCAGCGCCAGCGCCGUCGCUUCCGCUUCCUCCACCGCUGCCGCCGCUACCAGCGCUGCUGCCGUGACCAGCGUUGACACCAACACCCAGGUCGCUCAAUCCAGCAGUGCCCCUGCCCCUGCUGCCCCCAGCUCCAGCUCCUCCGCCUACACUCAGAUCCCCGUGCAGGUCCCCUCCUCUUGGACUACCCUGUUGACCUUCACCAACACCCCCCAGGCUGUGCAGCCCACUACCUCGGUCGAGCCCGAGCCUGCUCAGUCGACCAUCACCCCUGCUCCGGCUGUCAGCUCUGCUGCUUCCGGUAGCUCCGGUAGCCAGUCUUUGUACGGCCAGUGCGGUGGUAUCAACUGGACUGGUGCCACUCAGUGCACUAGCGGAUCUAGCUGCCACUCUUACAACCCUUACUACUACCAGUGCAUUGCUAGUGCUUAA